GGCGCGAUCACGUGGCACCACUGGGUUUCAUUUCUCCUGAGUUCAACCCUAACCCUCACACCUACAAUUCACUUACACAGUUACACUGCGCUCGAAGGAGUCGAGGACAACAUGAAAGUUGGGGUUAGUCCGGGAACUCCGGACAUCUCCUCCAAGACAUGAUCUUCCUCAGAAGUAGCCCAAACAUCCCAUAUUACGUUCCCGAUCUCAGGCAGAGCAGUCAGCACAAUGCUUCCUCCCUUGAUCGCCCUAGAGGAGCACUUCUUCUCGACCAGAGCCCCUGACUCCCUCAAGGCGAGCUACUCGGAACAGUUCAAACAUGUCGACUCGGUCUACGCCAAGUUGACCGACAUGGGCCAACUCCGGCGGCAAGACAUGGAUGCCGGCGGCGUCUCUCUCCAGGUGAUCAGCCACGUCCCCGGCCUGUGUUCGUAUGACGCCUCGGCGUGCCGCGCCGCAAACGAUCAGCUCUUUUCGGCCAUCCAAGCCGAGGAACGUCGCGCAGCCUCAUCUCAGAAAGAGGAUGCCUCGGAUGGCGCAACCGAUCGUCCCGGUCGCAAACCCCCCUCCUCCCGCUUCGCCGGCUUCGCGGUCCUGCCCAUGCAGCAACCCGACGAGGCGGCGGCGGAGCUGCGGCGUGCCGUCACCGAGCUGGGGUUCGUCGGGGCGCUGAUAGACAACCACUGCGGCGGGGGCAACCGCUUCUAUGACGGGGCCGAGUACGAGUCGACGUUCUGGGCGGCCGCCGAGGAGCUGGGCGUGCCCGUGUACCUGCACCCGACGUGGCCGGGGGACGACGACUCGGCGACGGCGCGGUUCCGCGGCAACUUCUCCGAGGCCGCGGCAGUCAGCCUGGGCUCGAGCGGGUUCGGCUGGCACGCCGAUACCGCCCUGCACGUGCUCCGGCUGUUCGCCUCAGGGCUUUUUGAUCGGCGCCCCCGGCUCAAGGUCAUUAUUGGGCAUAUGGGCGAGAUGCUUCCGUUCAUGCUGCAGCGCAUCGAGGCGCUGAGUCGGCGCUGGGGUGACUUUCAGCGGGAUUUUAGGACCGUCUAUGACGAGAAUAUCUGGAUCACCACGAGUGGCGUCUGGAGCCUGGAUCCGAUGCGGUGCAUCCUGGCGAACACGAAGAUUGACCACAUCCUGUAUAGUGUCGACUAUCCGUUCCAGAAGAAUGAGAUUGGGCUGGAGUGGGUUAGGGAGCUUCAAGAGAGCGGCCUUGUCGGUGACGAGCAGCUCCGGGCUAUCGCGUAUGAGAAUGCUGAGAAGCCUUUUGGUGGUUUUAGCGGCUAGCAAGGCUGACAUACCGCCAAGUCCAUGUUGUUGACAUGGAACAUUGGGAAAUGGUGGAAUUGCCCCGGAAUUAAAGACCAGGAGUGAGCAAAA